CUUGCCGCGACCAAGCGCAAAAUACGGGUCACUGUGUGAUCGAAUAAGUCGGACAAACAAAGACAGCGAAACCAUCAUGCAAAUUUGUUGCCUCAUCAUCGCUUUAGGCCUCCUUGGAUUAGUGGCGGCCAAGUCUUCGGAGCAAGAUGGAGAUCAGUGGGUUUGGCGAUCUUACAAUCGAAGGGAGCGCUCCUUUCGGGACAUCAAUCGCAGUUCCCCCAUAAGGAAUUCCUAUGACCAAAAGCUGAGACGGGAGCCUACCACACGAAGACCUCUUCCAGGAGAACCAGAGAACGAUGAGAUUGAGGAUUAUGCCGAUGUGGAACCCACACGGAGUUCGGAUACGCCCAACGUCGGCACCCGUCAGUUCAAUCCCUACGGUGGGCAGACUAAUGCUGGACAAUUUGGAGGAGUUGGAGGCUAUGGCGGCAAUCCGGGAGUGCUAGUGGGACCCGGAGGACCCACUGGAAUCAUUGGAAGACCUCAGCUGUACCCCAGCCCAUACCAGCCAGGCUAUGGCGGAUUCUCGGGAGCUCAGAAUGGCAUUGGUGGUUAUCCUGGAGGAUAUGCAGGAGUGGGACAGGGACUUCCCGGUGCUGGAUUCCCCGGAACUAACGUGGGAGGUGGCUUUAACAAUUACCCGGGCAAUGGACUUGGUUUAAACCAAUUCCCCAGCACCGGACAAUACCCGUAUGGCUCUUAUCCAGGAGGAGAUUUCAAUGGUAAUCAGUUUGCGGCCCCAGGAGGACAAUUUCCGGGGCUUGGACAGUACCCUAAUCAACAGUUUGGAGGACCUCAGUACACCGAGGGUUACGGCCUAGCAGGAGGAUUGGGCUUGGGUCAGUUAGGAGUUGGAAACAGUGGUAUUGGGUACGGUGGUAGUUUUCCGCCUCUAGGAGGCUUCGGCUACGACGAGAACUCCGCAGCUGCGGCCGAGGGUAAAAGCGCUAAAAGUGUGGCUGCCUCACCCAGGAAGGUGAAUGAUAAGCUAAGUAAGAAGGUCUAGGAAGACGAACUUGGAGCUCAAAGAGAAGCAGUCCUUCGCACUGAACUAAAAAGAUCUGCAAUCGAAUUUAUAAGCCCAUUGAUUCCUUAUCAAACUAUUCCUUCUAGGCUCAGUUGUAAAUAGCUCCCUUAUCCUAGACAUAGCUUAGUGUUAGAUUAAGAAAAUAAAUCCCAAUCCUUACCCAA